AAGUACUGUGUGUUCUGCCACCCACUGGACCGUGUGGUCUACGAGGACGACGAGCUCAUUGCCUUCCACGACAUUAAGCCGGAUGCGAGGCUGCACCUGCUGGUGAUUCCGCGAGAGCACUUUGGCACCGUCAAGGAACUGACAAGCGGCGAUAUCCCGAUGGUCAAACGGAUGCACGAGCUGGGACAGCGCCUGCUGCGCGAGCAGGGAUUCGAGAGCGAGAAC